CGUCGGGCGGGAGCUUCGCAGCGAGGAAGGCGAGCUCUCCUGGCCCCGGUGGCUCAGGGUGCGUUCGCUGCUCGGCACCUUCGGACGCUUCCCGCGAUGCCUCCUGCCUAAUUCUUGGGAAGACUUUGGGGACGCCUCGCCCGGAGCGCGCGGCUGCCGUCCCGAGUUCUGUACUAGGCGGCUCUUCUUACGGCCGGGAAUCUCUCUGGCUCCAUCCCGGGUGGACGCGGCCGGCUACUAUCAUGCGCCCCUUCGGACGGCUGGAAUAGCGAAAGGCAGCCGUCGGCACCCAGCCCCCGCUGCCAAUGCCGGCCAGGGCAAAAUGGUUGUCAAGUGAAAAAACUUCUUUUUUCAAAAAAAAGAAAGAAAGACUCGCUUUGCUGCACAAACGAAGCGCUUUGAUUGAAAACUUCGAUUGGCUUCGGCAGUUGUUGGGGAUUUGACUCUCUCUUCUUUUGAGGGGUUUUUAAGCCGAAGCCCGAGGGACAGGCGUCUUUGCUCUAGCCCUGAAGGAGAGCGGACCCAAGAAAGUUGCCGGUGCCGAUUGACAUUGCAAGCGGACGGCUGUCUUUCGUUUCUCUAAGGCUCCUCUUGGUCCGAUCUCCUAGCGAUGGCCACGGAAGUGGUGUGUGGACUAAUCUUCAGAUUGCUCCUUCCCAUCUGUCUAGUCACUGCAUGUGCAUUCCGCUACAAUGGGCUCUCAUUUGUCUACCUCAUCUACCUCUUACUCAUUCCGCUGUUUUCUGAACCUACAAAAAUAACAAUGCAAGGGCAUACAGGGCGGUUAUUAAAAUCCUUGUGUUUCAUGAGUUUAACAUUUCUGCUUGUGCACAUCAUCUUUCAAAUCACAAUAGCCAGCCUUGAAGCUGCAAAAACUAUUCCACGUAAUUAUAACUGUGUGACAUGGGAAAAAGCACUAAGGCAGAUUGGAUUUGAAAGUGUCAAAGGGGCAGAUGCUGGCAAUGGGAUCCGGAUUUUUGUUCCUGAUAUUCUCAUGUUUAUUGCUAGCCUGAUCACAUGGCUUGUGUGCAGAAACAUUGUUCAAAAGCCAGAACAAGAAAAUUUGGGAGAAUACAAUGCACAGUUCGAAAAUGAAGACAUGAAUGAAAUUGAAAGAAUAGAGGCAGAAGAUGCAUUAAUAUGUGAAGAUCUAGAUGAUGUAGAAUGCGGAGAGGAAGAAUUUGAAGAAACCACAAAAUUAAAAAUACUCCGGAGAAUUGCCUCCAUAGCUUCCAAAGUGAAGGAAAUUAUUGGUAACCUUAUCAUCACAGCUGGAAAAGUUGUUGUUACAAUUUUACUUGGUACAACAGGGAUGAUGUUGCCUUCCCUGACUUCAGCUGUAUAUUUCUUUUUAUUCUUGGGCUUGUGCACAUGGUGGUCCUGUUGUCGAGCAUUUGAUCCUCUGAUCUUCAGCUGCCUUUGUGUGUUAAUGACAAUAUUCAGUGGAGGCCAUUUAAUUGCACUUUAUCUGUACCAAUUACAAUUUUUUCAGGAAAUCAUUCCACCUGGUGACUAUUAUGCCCGGUUGUUUGGUAUCACUCCAGUUAUUCUGACCAACUGCUCAAGCACCUGGAAACUAAUAACCAACCAAAAUUUGAAUUGGUACCACCAUACCAACCCUAUCUUGCUGCUACUCUUAUAUUAUACCCUAGCAACUCUGAUUCGACUUUGGGUAAAUAAACCUAUCAUACAGCAGAUGCCUGAUGAUGACAAAUCAGAUUUAAAUAAGGAAGAUGAAAUAGAGUGCACCCCAGUUCAAAUAACUGCAGACAGAAGACGCAGCUUGUGGUAUACAAGUCACUACACAACUGAUGAGAGAAAACUUUUAUCAAUGACUCAGGAUGAACACAAGCCGUCUGAUGUCCUGCUUGUGACACUGAAUGGUACACCUGUUGAUUAUCAAAGCAUACACCCUUUGCGCCCUAUAGAAAAUGGACCUGCCAAGACAGAUCUGUACUCAAGACCACAAUACAAGUGGGAUCCCUCAGCUAAUGAUCUAGAAAAGAAAGAAGAUGAGGAAGAGGAAGGGGAAGAGGAGGAGGAAGAAGAAGAAAAUUCAGAGGAGGAAAAAAACUCCAAAGUUCAUGCAAUGGUCACAGUUUUCCAUUUUAUCAUGAAACAGAGUUAUGUCUGUGCUUUGAUCGCCAUGAUGGCCUGGAGUAUUACUUACCACAGUUGGUUAACAUUUGUAUUAUUGAUAUGGUCUUGUAUACUUUGGAUGCUUCGUGACCGAAGGAAAUAUGCAAUGAUAAGUUCACCUUUUAUGGUGGUUUAUGGAAACUUAUUAUUAACAUUUCAAUAUAUAUGGAGUUUUGAGAUGAAUGAUAAUGAACUUCCUCAGGUGUCUGGAUUUCUAGAACGGAAAGCACCUCCUGAAUUAGGAUCAAAGAUACUUUUUGGACUUACUUUUUGGCUGCUGUUGAGACAACACCUCACUGAACGGAAGUCUUUGCAAUUAAAUGAAACAGUUUUGUCAGAGGUUAAAAUUGGAGAGGAAGAGAGUGAAGAAAAAGAUGAUGAGUCCCAAAAAGAAGAAGAAUCCCCCAAAGAGGAAGAGAAAGAGGAAGAAGAAGUGGGGGAAUUAGAGGAGAAGGAGGAAGAGGAGGAGAAGGAGGAGGAGGAGGAGGAAGAAGAAGAAGAUGUAAUGAAAGUUCUAGGAAACAUGGUGAUGGCGAUGUUUGUUAAGUACUGGAUUUAUGUCUGCGGAGGAAUGUUCUUCUUUGUCAGCUUUGAGGGAAAAAUUGUCAUGUACAAAAUCAUCUAUAUGAUGCUCUUCUUGUUUUGUGUAGUCCUUUAUCAGGUCCACUAUGAAUGGUGGCGACGAAUUCUGAAAUACUUUUGGAUGUCAGUUGUGGUUUACACUAUGUUAGUGCUUAUUUUUAUUUAUACAUAUCAGUUUAAAGCAUUCCCUGACUUGUGGAAAAACAUGACAAACAUGAAUGAUGAUCAGCUAAAGGAUCUUGGCUUAGAACAGUAUUCUACAGCAGAAUUAUUCACUCGCAUUUUUAUCCCAACCUCCUUUCUAUUGGUAUGCAUAUUGCACUUGCACUACUUCCAUGACCGAUUCCUCCAACUCACAGAUUUAAAAGCCAUAGUCAGCAAACAAGACAAUGCCAUUUACAGAUUGGUGCAUCAAGAUGACAGCUUGCCUGAUCUCACAAUGAUGAAUUUGAAUGCCAACAUUGAACAGGAAGAGGAAAAGAUGUUGCAAGAUCAAGAAAAAAUGUUGCAGGAAGAAAAUAUAGUGGAAAGAAGAAAAAGUGAAAAUGAAGUAGAUGAUAAUGAAAAAAAGGAAGAAGAAUUGGAUGAAGAAGGUGAAGGUGAAGGUGAAGAUGACGAUGACGAUGAAUCGGAGACAGAAGAAAUAUCAGAUUUAAGGAACAAAUGGCAUUUGGUAAUUGACCGUCUAACUGUACUUUUCCUGAAGUUUCUGGAAUGCUUUCAUAAGCUUCAAGUUUUUGUAUGGUGGCUUUUGGAACUACACAUAAUCAAAAUUGUGUCAUCAUAUAUUAUAUGGGUAACGGUAAAAGAGGUUUCUCUCAUUAACUAUGUGUUUGUGAUUGCCUGGGCUUUUGCUUUACCAUAUUCUCAGUUGCGUCCAUUGGCAUCCGGUGUCUGCACAGUUUGGACCUGUGUGAUUAUUAUCUGUAAAAUGUUAUACCAACUUGAAUCUAUUAAUGUUGCAUCAUUUUCUAUCAGUUGUCCAAUGCCUAAUACUACUGAAAAUCAGGAAAACCUGAAUGAAUCACUUCUCUACAAAAAGCCCAUUGAUCCAACUGAGUGGGUUGGAUUAAGAAAGUCCUAUCCAUUGCUUGUGUACUUGAGGAAUAAUUUGCUGAUGCUGGCAAUUCUGGCCUUUGAAGUUACUGUUUACCGACACCAAGAAUACUACCGAUGUCAUAAUAAUCUCACUGCUCCAGAAACCAAAACUAUUUUUCAUGAUAUUACCAGAUUACAUUUGGAUGAUGGUAUAGUCAAUUGCCUUAAGUAUUUUAUAAACUACUUCUUCUACAAAUUUGGUUUGGAGAGUUGUUUCCUCUUGUCUGUAAAUGUAAUUGGUCAACGGAUGGAUUUCUAUGCAAUGAUGCAUGGCUUUGCUUUAAUUGCUGUUUUGUAUCGGCGGAGAAGAAAAGCUAUUGCAGAAAUAUGGCCAAAGUACUGCUGUUUUCUGUCAUGCAUUAUUACAUUCCAGUACUUCAUAUGUAUUGGCAUCCCACCUGCACCUUGUAAGGAUUACCCAUGGAGAAAUCCAGAUGCCAACUUCAACUCUAAUAUCAUCAAAUGGUUAUACUUUCCAGAUUUUAUUGUUAAACCAAAUCCAGUCUUUCUUGUGUAUGAUUUCAUGUUGCUACUAUGUGCAUCCUUACAAAGGCAGACAUUUGAAGAUGAGAACAAGGCUGCUGUACGCAUCAUGGCUGGAGACAACGUAGAAAUCUGCAUGAACCUUGAAGCAGCUUCAUUUAGUCAACACAACCCUGUUCCUGAUUUUAUUCAUUGCCGAUCCUAUCUAGACAUGGGUAAAGUGGUUAUGUUCAGUUAUCUCUUCUGGUUUGUUCUCACUAUCAUCUUUAUAACGGGAACCACUCGGAUCAGUAUAUUUUGUAUGGGUUACUUGGUAGCCUGUUUUUAUUUUCUACUUUUUGGAGGAGAUCUAUUACUGAAGCCAAUCAGAAGCAUCCUUCGAUAUUGGGAUUGGCUGAUUGCUUAUAAUGCCUUUGUGAUUAUAAUGAAAAAUAUAUUAUCGAUAGGAGCAUGCGGCUACAUCAAGUCUUUGAUCAACAAUAGCUGUUGGGUGAUUCAAGCAUUCAGUCUGGCUUGUACAGUUAAAGGUUAUGACAUCCCUUUGGAUGAUCCAGAGUGUAAAUUGCCAAGUGGAGAGGCAGGAAUAAUCUGGGAUAGCAUUUGCUUUGCUUUUCUAUUGCUCCAAAGAAGAGUUUUCAUGAGUUACUACUUCCUUCAUGUUGUUGCUGAUAUUAAAGCUUCACAGAUUCUGGCAUCAAGAGGUGCUGAACUCUUCCAGGCCACAAUUGUGAAAGCUGUAAAAGCAAGACUUGAGGAAGAGAAAAAAUCAAUGGAUCAACUGAAGAGACAGAUGGAUCAUAUCAAAGCCAGACAGCAGAAAUAUAAAAAGGGUAAAGAAAGGGUGCUGAGCAUGAGUCAAGAAGCUUCGGAUGGGCAAGAAAUUCAAAAGGUUGCUGAAGAAGAAGAUGAUGAUGGAGAAGCAGACAAAGAGAAAACCAAGGGCAAAAAAAAGCAGUGGUGGCGACCUUGGGUUGAUCAUGCUUCCAUGGUCAGAAGUGGAGAUUAUUAUUUGUUUGAGUCGGACAGUGAAGAAGAGGAGGAAGAGGAAGGAAAGGAAGAGGAAGAGCCUCCCAAAAGAUCUGCUUUCCAGAGAGCUAUUGCGAAAUUUGCUUCAGCCAUUUUAGCCUUGCCAAAGUCUAUUAUUAAACUGCCCAAAACUAUUCUUCAGUAUUUAAUCAGAGCUGCAAAGUUUCUUUAUCAAGCCUGGAUUACUGAUCCAAAAACUGCCCUACGACAGAGGCGCAAAGAGAAGAAAAAGAAUAAAAAAAGGCAGAAAGUAUCUGAUGAUGUUGAAAUUGAUAUGGAGGGUGUAGAAAGAGAUGAACCUGUCAAAAGUAAAUCUGAUGGCCCUGAUAAUAUUUUUAAAAGAAUAUAUAACAUUUUGAAGUUUACCUGGGUUCUUUUUCUGGCAACAAUAGACAGUUUUACAGCUUGGCUAAAUUCAAUUUCAAGAGAGCACAUUGAUAUCUCCACAGUAUUAAGAAUGGAGAGAUGCAUGCUAACUAGAGAAAUAAAAAAGGGAAAUGUUCCAACUCGAGAGAGUAUCCAUAUGUAUUACCAGAACCAUAUAAUGAAACUUUCUAGGGAAUCAGGAUUGGAUGAAAUUUAUGAGCCUGGACAGGCUGAGAGGACUGCAAGUUUAGAAUCAGCAGCUUCUCGUGACAGUGAAUCCAGCUGCUGCACGGAAGCAACUACACUGUUGUUGUCCAGGCAAUCAACCCUUGAUGAUUUAGAUGGUCCAGACCCUAUUCCUAAAACAAGUGAACGUGCACGACCUAGGCUUCGUAAAACAUACAGCAUGGAUAUGUCCUCCUCAUCCGCUGACAGUGGCAGUAUAGUAUCAAGUGAGGCUACUCAAGUCACUAUGCUGUAUUCCCGUCAGGGGACGGCAGAAACUAUUGAAGAGGUCGAAGGGGAGGACCAUGAAGGAGAAGCGGCAGAAGCUGAACCCAUAGAGGAACAUGAAAUGGAAGAUUAUUGUAUGGAUUCUGAAGGAGCUGCAUAUAUUUCUGAUUCAGACAUGCCAUCCUAUUCUGCUUUGGAUGGCAUUGCUGAACCCCCUCCAUCAUAUAGCAAAGCUGUGAGCUUGGAACUUUUCCCCUUAGAUAGUUCCCAUGAUGGUUCAUCUAGCAGAAACCAAAUGCUAGUGAGCCCAGAUGAAAAUCAAUCUGAAAAACGAGAAGAUUCUAUUCUUCCUCCUUUGACACAUGAACUGACUGCAAGUGAAUUACUACUUAACAAAAUGUUUCAUGAUGAAGAACUAGAUGAAUCUGAGAAAUUCUACGCUGGUCAACCUCGACAUUUGCUUCUUAUUUAUGCUCUAUAUAAUACACUUGUAGCCCGCUCAGAAAUGCUGUGUUAUUUUGUGAUCAUUCUUAAUCAUAUGAUCUCUGCCUCCACAAUUACCCUUGUGCUUCCUAUCCUCAUCUUCCUUUGGGCAAUGCUUUCUGUUCCAAGGCCUAGCAAACGUUUUUGGAUGACAGCUAUAAUCUAUACCGAGGUUACAAUAGUGAUAAAGUAUUUUUUCCAGUUUGGAUUCUUUCCUUGGAAUAAACAGUUAGAACUAAAAAAAGAUAGACCUUAUUUUGCUCCUAAUAUUAUUGGCAUUGAGAAGAAAGAGGGUUAUGUGCACUACGAUCUUGUUCAACUACUUGCUUUGUUUUUCCAUCGGUCCAUUUUAAAGUGUGGUAAAAAGAAGCUCUAUCAGGUUGGGCAAGAAGAAUGUGUCCCUCAGCUGAGAAAAAUAUUUGUACAUGUGCCUUUGUGUGCAUAUGAACAGCAAACCGCCAUCCGCAGGAAAAGUUCAAGCAGUGGCUCAUAUUUAUCACACAGAUCCAGCUUUUCCUCUCACCGUUCAAAGAGAGGAAGUACCAGCACACGGAACAGUAGUCAAAAAGGAAGCAGUGUGUCAAGCAUAAAAAGGAAGUCAAGAAAAGAGCUUCUGAUGGAAAAACUGAGAGAACAAUUUAUCAUCGCAAAGGCAUUUACAAUUAAAAAGGCACUUCAAAUAUAUCUGCCCAUCAGACAGUUUUUCUACAAUCUUAUCCACCCGGAAUACAGUGCUGUGACAGAUGUUUAUGUCCUGAUGUUCCUAGCUGAUACUGUGGACUUCAUUAUCAUUGUCUUUGGAUUCUGGGCUUUUGGGAAACAUUCUGCAGCAGCAGAUAUUACUUCUUCAUUAUCAGAAGACCAAGUCCCAGAGGCCUUCUUAGUGAUGGUACUAAUUCAAUUUGGAACCAUGGUAGUAGAUCGGGCACUGUACCUGAGAAAGACAGUUAUGGGGAAAGUCAUCUUUCAGGUUAUCCUUGUUUUCGGCAUACACUUUUGGAUGUUCUUUAUCUUGCCCAUUGUGACAGACAGGAAAUUUAGUCAAAACACAGUUGCCCAGCUUUGGUAUUUUGUGAAAUGUGUUUAUUUUGGAUUAUCGGCAUAUCAGAUACGUUGUGGCUAUCCAACCCGUGUACUUGGCAAUUUCCUCACAAAAAGUUAUAAUUACGUAAAUCUGUUUUUAUUCCAAGGGUUCCGCCUAGUCCCUUUCUUGACUGAAUUGAGGGCAGUUAUGGACUGGGUUUGGACAGAUACCACAUUAAGUCUUUCCAGUUGGAUCUGUGUUGAAGAUAUUUAUGCUCAUAUAUUCAUUUUAAAGUGCUGGCGAGAGUCAGAAAAACGAUAUCCCCAACCAAGGGGCCAGAAGAAAAAGAAAGUUGUGAAGUAUGGAAUGGGUGGCAUGAUUAUUGUCUUGCUGAUAUGCAUAGUGUGGUUCCCGCUGCUCUUCAUGUCUCUAAUUAAAUCUGUUGCAGGUGUCACAAAUAAGCCUCUUGAUGUAUCCAUCACAAUAACUUUAGGAGGUUACCAGCCUAUUUUUACAAUGAGUGCCCAGCAAAGUCAACUAAAAAAUAUGACAAAUAAACAAUAUAAAGAAUUCCUCAAAGCAUUUAAGGAUACUGGUGCUUUACAGUUUCUAGAAAAUUAUGCUAUAGAAGAUAUAACAGUGGCUCAGCUAGAAGGCAGUUCAAAUUCGUUAUGGACCAUCAGCCCUCCUAGCAGAAAAAAUAUGAUAAAGGAGCUCAAGGCAGAUAAUCCUGAUUUUUCUUUGGUUAUUUCAUGGAACAUUCAAAGAAAUAUCUCUCUUGGAGCAAAAGCAGAAACGGUAUCAGAUAAAAUAUCUCACAAUCUACCAGCUGCUACAAGAAAAAGUAUUGCAGCAAUGAUGGAAAAUCCAAAUCAACAUGUAAACCACUUUGUGACGCUUUCUGGAGUAUAUCCACAUUAUAUCAAGGCACCUAGCGAUAAUGCUGCAAAACCUAUAAAACAACUUUUGGACGGUGGGAAGUUUAAAGAUAUCACUGUUUCAUUAUCCAAUAAUAACAAGUCCGGUGAACUUCAUGAAUGGUGGGUUUUAAACCAGAAGAACAAAUUUAUGGAGUCAAAUAAAACUAGAUUGGAACUAAUUGUAUUCAGUGACAAAGUCAGUCCUCCCAGUCUUGGAUUUUUGGCAGGUUAUGGAAUCAUGGGUUUAUAUGCUUCAGUUGUGCUGGUAAUAGGAAAAUUUGUCCGUGAAUUCUUCAGUGGAAUCUCCCACUCUAUUAUGUUUGAAGAGCUUCCCAACGUGGAUCGUAUCCUAAAGCUGUGUACAGAUAUCUUCUUAGUGCGGGAGACUGGUGAAUUAGAACUAGAGGAAGAUUUAUAUGCUAAGCUAAUAUUCCUGUACCGUUCACCAGAGACUAUGAUCAAAUGGACUAGAGAAAAAACAAAGUGAUCUAAUUGGAAUUCACAAAAUUUGGAUUAUUAUUUUUUUUUCGAAAAAAAGAAGAAGCACAAAAUUCACUUUUAUAAUUAGGAAGCAAUUUUUUGUUCAUGGAAUUUGCUUGCUUCCUAAGGAAAAAAAGCUUUUUUUUUUUCAGAGCAACUAUUAUUAACAUCAGAGACAUUUUCUUUUCAAUUCAGUGAACAGCAUUAUCUGCAACCAUAUCUAAGUUAAUUCUAAGCAGAAAAAAGAUAUCAAAACAGAGUAUGAGAUCUUUUGGCUGAAAAGAAAUCUUGAACUGUGCAAUUUGCUAUUUGACAUCAGUGAUUCUCAAGGAUCUACCAUGAUCCAAGUUGCUCAUCUAGGAAAUCCAAGGCAAUUGAUCACAGUUGGUGCUGAAGGCAAUUUUAUUAUUUGCAUUUCUAGAUAAACAGAUCUGUUAAAGACUAAAUAGCUGUACAGUUCUGGAGGGGAAAAGAUCGAGUGAUAUAAUCAUUAACUGCCUUAUUUUAUUUGAACAAUUAAAGAAGAUAUUGAAAACAUCAGUGACUUUACUCAGGAAAAUAAACUGUCAAUCCUCAACUAAUGGAUAGUUAUAGAGAAAUAUUGUGAUGUUUUUGCUGGGGCCAUUUUCUCCACCUGACAAGAUGGAUAUUAAAAAGUAAUGAAAAAUAAAGAAGACAGCUGAAUCAUGAGCAGCCUUUGUGGGCUAAUCUUUUUCUUCAAUAACUACAAAUUGUGCUUUCCCCUAUUUUGACAUUUUAAUGUAAUGAUAUGACUUGUAUUUAGCAUUUCCUUCCAGUGUUUCAGGUAUAUCAUAAUGUUUACAUAUUCCACUACCCAUUUUUAUGUCCAAGAUGUCUUUUUAAAAUUCCCAGUCAUGAGAAAGUGUAUAUAUAUGGAUCUUGAGAAAUGAGCUUUUCCUAAAUUAUUGCUAUAGUGACAGAGGCUGUUUAGCAAGAGACACUGUAGCAUGAAUAUUUAGUGCUGAAAAAUAGUUUUCAUUUGAUGAUUUAAAGCACACUGUUUCUUAACAUGAAUUAAUUAUCAUAUGGUAAGAGAUUAUGCCAUCAUUUCCAAAUAUAAUGCCGUUCAAAGGUAAUGGAAGUGCUAUUCCCAGAGCAUCAUGUUAGUUACAGAUGUUGGGGAAACCGUAGGCUCAAAACAGCUGGAGGGAGCCAAGUUGGGGAAGAAUGGAAUAACUGUAGUUUUCAUUCCAUACCGAUUUCAAACAAAGUUCUUGUUCCAAAGACCAUCUUAAAAGUAUUUUUCCUAUGCUUGUUUACACUGAAUGAAAUUCUCUUUGUAUAAAUUAAAUAUGUCAAACUUGUGAAUGUGUCCAUUAUCAUUAAAAAUGAUCUAAAAUAUUUCCUAUAUAUGGUGAUGUAGUAAGUCUCAAAAAUAUAUGACAUUGUGAUAAUGGCACAAACUAACAUGAGAGUAAAAUUACCUGUGCAUUAGUUUGUUAAGCUAAAUGUAAUAUGGUGGUGAUGCUUAGAGUUGACUGCUUCCAUGAAAAUGUUGCUGGUACUCUGCUGUGAAAAACAGCACAUUUUGACAUUGGGAAAGGUAUACUGAAAUAAACCAUUUUAGCAUACUUUAUUACUUAGUAAUAAAAUGCACCAUGACUGCCACUCACUCAUUCAAACAUAUUCUAAUUUCCAAAGAAACUAUAAUGAAAAUGAUCAGAAUCAAUAAUGGAUAUGUUGACCAUGAGGAGGGAAAAAACAGCUUGCAACUAUUUUGUGUAUCUUCAGUUGGCCUAACAAAAAUGUUUUUGUUUUAUAGGCUUUUAUUGUUUUCCAAUAACAAGAAAAUAAUUACAGUGACCAACCAAAUCAGAACCUUAAAGACUAUCAAAUUUACAGAUGAAAUAUUAACUGAUGUUUAUCUUGCAUACAUAGAUUCUCUAGGCAGGGGUGUCAAACUGGCGGCCCACGGGCAGGAUGCAUCAUGUGCAGGCCACAUCCAUCCCAGCUCCAUGAAAGGAAAAAAUGUUGCUAUAUAUCACAUGACGGCAACGUGACACGGUGAGUUUGACACCCAUGCUCUAGAGAAAUCUGACCCACUGAACCUUGUAUUUCAAUGUCUUUUUUUAAUAAUUCUGUGCAGCUAUUUGAGAAAACUGUCAUUGCAUCUUACAAAAUAAGAUGAGAGUCCAUUAAACAGGCACCAAUUAGAAAUUGUUACCAUAGUAAGACAUCAUAUGCAUUUUUCUUUCUUAUUUUUUCUACUAAAACAAGGUUCUCCUGUGAAUCCUGAAACAAAAAACCCUUUGCACCUGGUUUAUCCAGUUUCCUUAUAGUGGCUAGGAAGCCCACAUUUCCGAAAUAGCUAUGGCAAUCUUCUUCCAUUUGCCCACCAGUAACUAUAACCAGAAGCAUAGUGGCUCUGCUCUUGAAACUCCACUUAACUGUAGCUGAAAUUUAAAAUUUAAAAUCUUUUUAAAUUUUCUCCAUUUAAAAUUAAACCUUUUAACAUAAUCUAAAAACAGGGUCAUCACAAAGCAGCUUUUGUAUGUGUUUUUUGGCCAGAACUUACUGGUAAUGCAACCUACUUUAAUUAUCACCACUGCCACGCCCAAGCCUCACAUUCUAUUGCUAUUUUUUUCUCUGUGCAAUACUAAGUUUUGCAAGCUAUUCCAACCUCCGUUCCUUUGUCUUGCACAAUGACACCUUUAAGAAACAUGUUCCAGUUAACGAAAACAUGCCACUGAAGUUGUUUUGGUGUUGCAAUAAAAGUCUACUAAUGCAGUCCAUAACUUGAUCAACUUGAUCAACGAUAAACAUUUUUUCAAUACUGGUUUGACAAUAUUUGUUUUAUUUUUUGCAACUAGCACUCAUUUUUAUUAAAAGACAAUAUUUAACAGUGAGUCAAAAACAAGAAAUCCACGUUGCUUAUAAAAUAGUCUACUAAAAUGUAUAAAACCUCCAUGCAUGCCUUAUGCUUUCAAAGUGAUGUAUUCUGUAAAAGUGCAGUGUGCACCAUAAAUCUUCGAAUCUUUCUUUGAACCACCAAAGCAGAUUUAAUUCUUACAUGGAAUCCCACUUGCAUGUGUAUUGAAGGAAUAAUGUGCUUCUAAGUUCUUUGUUUGAAUGCAUAUGUAUAAAACAUGUGAAUCUUUUUAAAAUACAAGUUGAUGCAAUUCACUUAGAAAUGAGCUUCAAUCUGUUCAAGAACCAUAGCCUCCAACAGGAAAAAAGGAUAGAAUGUAUUCCUCUUGCCACUGAAUAAACAAGCCUACCCAGCCACAGCUAAAAUUAAAGGCAUGAUUCUAAUGCAGAUUGUUCAGCGUCCAAAAUUCUGGUGGGGCUUUAAAAAUUGUUGUAAACAAUUACGAUUUACAACCUAGAACAUAGAAAAGGAAUUUGUAAAAUGGAGGCCAAAAGUAUGGCUCCAUUCUUCUCCGAGGCAACGGGAAACUCUAAGCAUUGCAUUUUUGAACCAGCAAUGAAAAGUAAUGGGGUUUUUUUUCUGCAGUGCUACGUAUUGUGGAAUACAUGUAUUGCCAUGAAUCUUGAAGAACAUACUGUAUGAGAAAGAGCUUUAUACAAGCUACGCUUUUCAUAAAGAGAAAUCAAUGUGAUUGGCCCCUCCAGAUUGCAGUAUCUUUUCUAUAAAUAUAUUUCAAAGCAACACUGUUUCGAGAAAAAUUACAAUUUAGUCUUUGGUUUUGAUAAUAACGGGAAAAUACAGUGGCAAUGUGAUGCAAAAAAUAUGCUAUUGAUAUUCUUAAUCAUUGUAAUUAUUAUAAAAAAAAUC